ACACCCUCUUCCUCCAUUGAUCAGAAAUGUGUGUGUGCAGUACUUGAUCGCUGUGUCAUUUAAAAACCUAUUUGAUUGCUUGAUCUUUUCCAGCUAUUCAAGAGUUGGAGUUUAAAGUCCAUUACUCCCAUGAUCAGAUGUGUGCAUUGAGAGGAACCUCUGUGGUCAUACCAUGCACGUAUUAUUAUCCCGAGCGCAGUGGGAACACAGAGGUUUCUAUACAAACUGUCAAGUGGUUUUGGUUGCCUGACACUGGUCCCAUAUCUGCUGAUUCAUCCAUCUAUGCUUACCAUAGUACUGAGAGCCUUGUGAGUCCUCCAUUCAAACACCGGACAGACUAUCUGGGGAACAAAGUCCGGAACUGCAGGUUAAAGAUGCGGGAUCUGCAAAGCAGUGACACUGGCAGAUAUUAUUUCAGGUUUGAAACACAUCCCCCUCAAACUAAAUUUACUGGUAUCCCUGGAGUGGACCUUUCUGUAACUGAGCCAAAGGUUAUCCUGGACCCUCCUGUUCUAUAUAAUAAUGUGAAAGAAGGAUCUUUCGUUUCCCUGACCUGUGGCUUUGACCGCUGCCCCCUGAGUGAGAGCAGCUUUGUCUGGUACAGGGAGGGGCAGCCAAUCAGGAACGCAACAUCAAACAAUCUUCAGUUUAAUGUUUCUUAUGAACAUUCUGGAAACUACUACUGUGCUACAAAUGAGAACAGCAAUAUAAAAUCUAAAGCAUUCAAGUUGAACGUGAAAUACCCUCCAAGGAACACCUCGGUCUCAGUCAGUCCUCCUGGUGAAAUAGUGCCAGGGAUUCCAGUGAUUCUGACCUGCAGCAGCAAUGCAAACCCACCAGUCAGCAGCUACACCUGGUUUAAGACGAGUAGAAACCAUGUCGUGAAGUCAGGUCCUGAACAGAGUCUCAUCUUUGACAACAUAAGCCUCCAUGACAGUGGAGAGUACUACUGUGAAUCCAUCAAUGAGAUUGGAAGAAGUGUAUCUCUGGUAGUGCCGUUAACUGUAAACUCCACAAUGAAUACUAUAAUAAUUGUAAUAAUGGGACUAGUAGCUGUCAAUAUUGUCAUCCUGGUAGUUGUAGUUAAAGUCAGAAAGUAA